UCACACUCCAACAGAAAUGAGGAUUCUUUGAAAGAGCUUCUACUCCUGCAGACUAAAGGAUCUCACCACCAGACUCCAUAUUACCUGCUUUUCCCUCAGGAAAGAUUUCAACCUGUGGGAGAAGUGUUGAAAGGGAUUACCCAGGUGUCUGUGAAGCACCAUGACUAGGUUUAAAAUCCUGUGCUGUUUGCUGCUCACGUAUCACCUCAAUGAUGGAAAGAAAAUCAAAGGACACAAAGGAGCAGUGAACACCAAGCAGAGUAUAGUCCUGGCGCUGAAAGAGUCCUACGUCACCAGCUCAAUCUUUAGGAUGUUUUUAGAAGGUGAGGACAACUGCACACUGGACCCUCUGCAGCUGCACACUCUCACCUCCUGUGGCUUCAACAGCAGUAAUCCCCUCAUCAUCAUCACUCACGGGUGGUCGAUGGAUGGUAUGAUGGAGAGCUGGGUGCACAGGUUGGCCACAGCCAUGAAGUCAAAUCUCAUGAACGUCAACGUGGUGAUUACCGACUGGCUGUCCCUGGCCCACCAGCACUACCCCAAAGCUGCACAGAGCACGCGCACAGUUGGAAAAGACAUAGCUCACCUGCUGCACUCACUUCAGGUACACUACCAGUUUCCAUUUAAAAAGGUUCAUUUGAUCGGCUACAGUCUCGGAGCUCACAUCUCUGGAUUUGCUGGGAGCAAUCUGGAGGGUUCAGAGAAGGUUGGAAGAAUUACAGGUCUGGAUCCAGCGGGGCCCCUGUUUGAAGGCAUGUCUCCCACAGACAGACUGUCUCCUGAUGACGCUGAGUUCGUGGAUGCGAUCCACACCUUCACCCAGGAACACCUGGGCCUCAGUGUGGGCAUCAAGCAAGCUGUGGCUCAUUAUGACUUCUACCCCAACGGAGGAGACUUCCAGCCAGGAUGUGACCUGCAUAACAUUUACGAGCACAUAAGCCAGUACGGGCUCCACGGUUUCGAGCAGACAGUGAAAUGUGCUCAUGAGCGGUCUGUCCAUCUCUUCAUUGACUCUCUCAUGAAUAAAGACAAGCAGAGCAUGGCCUACAGGUGCAGUGGCAAAAGUGCUUUUGAAAAGGGGGUCUGUCUGGACUGCCGGAAGAAUCGCUGCAACACGCUGGGCUACAACAUCAGGAAGGUCCGCAGUAGCACCAGCAAGAGGCUCUACCUGAACACACGCUCUCGGAUGCCUUACAAACUCUAUCAUUACCAGUUCAGGAUCACGUUUGUCAACCAGAUGGAGGGGAUCGAGCCCUCUCUCACCAUCUCCCUUACUGGAACAAAGGAGGAGAGUGGAGACCUCCCCAUCACUAUCACGGAAAAUAUUUCGGGUAAUAAGACGUACACCUUCCUGAUCACCCUGGACAAAGACUUAGGGGACCUGAUGUUGCUCAAACUGCACUGGGAGGGGUCGGCCAUGUGGAAGAACAUGUGGAACCGGGUGCAGACCAUCAUUCCCUGGGGAGGCCAGAGGGGGAAGCCUACGCUCACUGUGGGCAGGAUCAGCGUCAAAGCAGGAGACACGCAGGAAAGGACAUCUUUUUGUCCCAUGACAAACGAUGGACAGCAGGUUGAAGUGUCCCAGGACAAAGUGUUCGUGCGCUGUAAAGAAGACACACCAAAGCACCACAGAAGAAGACACCAAAACAGACACGUGGUUCCUUAACCUGGUGGGAGGAUCUCUGAUGGAUGCCAUUAAAAGUUCACAAUUAGAGAAAACACUUUAAAGUUAGGCUGUGAUAAUUGAGUAAAUAAGAAAAUAUAAUAUGCCUGGAAGAUGUGGCACUGAACAAAUAAUGGUGAUGUUUUAAAGUGGACCUAUCAUGCUAUAUUUGAAUAAUAUAGUGUAGGACCAUACCUAUAUAAGGCAUAUUUAUACUGGAUCAGUUUUUAUCAGAUCCGUUGCAGCCCCUUUUUUAGAGAUUUGGGUAUGGAGGAAAAUAGAGAGGGUUGUGUUUUCUGACACUUGGUGAGUUCCCUGGAACACCAGGGACACAUAUUCAUGUAUAACAGACGUACAAAAGUGCAUUUUGCAUGAUAGGUCCCCUUUAAAGAAGAAUUCUGGGAAAGUUUUGCUAGGUGUGUUUAAAAUAUAACAUGUUUAUGUGACUAAAUUAUUAAGUAUUGCAUAAUGUAGUUUUAAGAACAAUAUUUACAUGGAGAACUUUCAGGGAGUUGAAAGUUCAAUUAUUAACCAGACCGUGGACACUGAGUCGUUCAAUGACCUUUUGAUGACGGAGAACGUAAAUGUAUGCUUGUGUGUCAUAUGUAAAAUGACUCAUUAACUAAAACAAUAGUCUUGCCCAAAAAGUCAUAUAAAUACAUUUGUUUUUUCAAACUCAAACCAGAGCAAUAAAUACAAGAGCCUUUUUUUCUAUUC